CGCAAGCGUUGUGCGACCAUAACAACGGCUGAUAGUAUUCACGCGAAUCGAUAGCAGCGAUCAGGAGUAUUGAUCGGAAAUAGUUCAGAUCUUAUGAAGCUCCAGUACAUAUUAUCAACAUCAUCAUCUGACGACCUCAUUAAAAGUAGAAGAGUGGAAAACACAUCUGUUCAACUGCAAAGAAUUCCAGUCUCUGUAUCCCAAUAAUGGACUUCUGCUAGAAAAACUGAAAGAGGCAGGAGGAUCCCGGGAGGAAUGGGGUAGAAUUGGCGAUGAGGGUCCCGGCACCAAAUUGCUCCGAUCGACCAGAAUCGGGAUCAGGUGAGAUGCCUGAGAAUGGACGUUCCAGGAGGAAACGUGUGCCGAAAACAUGCGACUGCUGUGGGCCAAACUGCAAGCCCCACGUGGCAGGACAUGACCAAAUUACCAAGAAACGUGGCCGCAAGAAGAAAGAGAUGGUUAACCACGAGAACGUCGCUACUGAGGAAGAGGUGGCUUCCUCGGAGAUGGAGUUGGUAACUUUGGACGCAGACACGGCGACUGUUUCUGAGAUGGAGGAGGAAGCAUCUCCCAAACGGAACACAGAUGUUUCCCAGACUGAGGGAAAGAUCGUUUCUGAAGUGAAUGAAGCCUCUGUCAUGGUUAACGGGACAGAGAAAAGCCCUCAAACGGAUACCAACUGUUUAGAUCCUCAUCUCUGUGCAUCCACUCACACCAAAGAGCUCAGCUCCACUGAGCAGGACCACUUCAAAACCAGUGCCACGGUGGACAGCAGUGACGUCUUGGUCGGUUCGGCCAGACGUAGUGACUCGCAAAAAAACCCUGAAUCACAGCCAGGUGUUUCUGCUCAAAGUGAUGCCAUGGAAACUGAGCCCACUUCCUUGAGUGCUAAUAUCAGCAACAGCGUGUUUUGGGACCACCCUUACUGCUGGCCGCUUCCUGGAGAGUCCAAAAACUCAUGUCCUGAGGUGACGGGUGACCCGUCUGCAUUGACUCCUGCUGAAAUCACCACAGAGGGAAUCAUUGAGGUUAUUCAUGAAUUCCUGGAGCAGUUUUAUGAGAAAUAUGGAAGCUUCACCCCAUUAAUUGACACCGACGUCCUUGAUCACCUAAAUAAGACAUUUCAGUCGGACCUGAGUGACAGGAUGAAGCUCGUAACGGCAGAAGUGGCCAAGUACAAGGCUGGUCUGGCCUGUGCUCCUAUGCAUUUCUUCCAAGUGACCUACAACAAGCACACUCUGACCUUAGAUGACCUUUCAACACUCGACGACCAAAAUUGGGUCAAUGAUCAGGUGAUUAACAUGUAUGGAGAAUUGAUCAUGGAAGCUACAAGCCACAAGGUUCAUUUUUUCAAUAGUUUCUUUUACCGGCAGUUUGUAGCAAAAGGUUAUGAAGGAGUCAAGCGAUGGACCAAAAAGGUUGAUCUUUUCUCUAAGAAAUUAAUCCUUAUUCCUCUCCACCUGGAGAUCCACUGGUCGCUCAUAGCUGUGGACGUCUCCAAGCAGAACAUUAACUUCUAUGACUCCCAGGGAAUCCUGUUCAAGUUUGCUGUGGAUCACGUUCUGAAAUACAUCCUGGCAGAAGCUAAAGAGAAGAAACAGCUUGCCUUUCAAAAAGGCUGGAAGAUGGUUAUCAACAAGACCAUUCCACAGCAGAAGAACGACAAUGACUGUGGAGUUUUUGUCCUGGAGGUAAAAACAUUACUGCAAGUGCCUGACAUUCUUGAAGCCACUCCUGUUCACACAAGAAGACAUGCCACGGGUCCGCAAGAGGAUCUACAGAGAGCUCUGUGACCGAAGACUAUCUGAUUGUUCAAACCAAGACAAAGCCACAUAAAAAAUACUUUCCUAUUGGUUUAGAAACUUAGAAAGCUUGCCAGAGUCUGUCGGGUUGACUUUACCUCUUUGCUUGACAUCUGCUGUUCAAAUAUGCCUUUUUCCCAAUCUCCUCAACCCUGAAUUUAUUGGAGGACGCUGUGACAACAUCUCUUUCUCAAGCUGGAGGUGCUGAAAGAAUCUGACUUAAACAAAACUACUUGGUAACUAGAAAGAUUGAACCUAACUUUAAAAUGUGGAUCUUUCUCACUUUGUUUCAUUUAUUGUCAUUCAUUUUUGCAGCUUAUAACACAGCCCAUGUGUUUCUAUCAGGUUUUUUGUUUGUAAAUAAUGCAAUUUUGCUUUGCACCAUAAAACUCAAAGGAGUUUAUUGAUGUAACGGUCAAGGUACAGGAAGCAUUUAUAAAGGCAUGAUUUUAAAUGAAUGUACUGUUAAACAUGGAGGAUUUCACCUGUUCACUUCAGUACAUUUCCAUCCAACUUGUUAACUUAAUUUGUAAGAGAGAACUAAUUAAAUCAUAAUAGAGCCUCAAUCUCACAAUACAGCCAAAAUAUUAUAACCCCAAACUCACAAUAGAGGCUCAAUCUCUUAAAGAAAACCUGAUGUCAGGCUGCUUGUUUUAAGCCAUUGACCAAUCGUUUGAUAUUCUCUUAUAGUAAAUACCUGUGUUCUCUUUUGACACUUUUGCAAACAUACUUUCUCUCCAAUAGCAGUGGAUCAGGUUGUUGUAUUGCAUAUAGUGUCAUUAUUCUGUCACGUUUGGUCAUUUAAAGGUCAUUUUUAAAUGAGAACAGGGAGUUUACUUUAUUUAUAUAUUUAGCUUUGUUUAAAUUGUGAAGGCUGGUCUGAAGAGAGAGCAUCUUCUAUAUCAUGGCUUAAGGCAAAAAACACUGCAUCUGAAGCUCAUGCUGAAUUCAACCAUGUUGAUUAUUAUGUUUAUGAUGCAUGAUGGAGUCAGUUCAGUCAUCAUGGCAUUCUGUUAGAUUUUUUUUAUUACCUUACAAUAAUUUUGGUACAAGGACAGUAAAUGUGUACUUUUCUCAGAUACAAACAAUUUUAAGAGUAACAGCUGAAUGCUGUCAUUUUACUUGAAAUGUACCAACAGCUUGUAACCUCAGAGAAGCGAGUUUCUGACUACUAGUUUGUCAUUAUUUAAAAUAAUGCAUAAAACCACUUUGAGUUCCUUUUGCUCUUUCUGUUGCUGUGUUUGCAAAUGUUUUUUUUCUACUUUUCACAAAUAUCAGGCAUGAACCUUUAGGAUAUGAGCUAUUUUAUUUCAUCUAAAGCUCACAACAUUUUCAGCCUUGUUACCAAACUUUGGGAUGUGUCUAAAUACAUUUGUUGCUACAUACUGUGGAAUUUCACUGCUUUUCAUUAACGGACCACUUGUACAGGUACAGUAAAUCCCAGAAUGGGUCCAUGUGACGGUUGCAGAUUUUCCUAAAUGAAACUAUCACUCAGUGGGAGUUUGCUAGUUUGGGACCAGAUUGACAGUUUGUAGUUACUAAUGAACAUAGAUUGGGCUAGUGCCCAGGGGUCCAUGGGUGUUAAAUUCAUGCAAUCCAGGGUAUAGAAGAUUUUUGAAUAUGGGCCCCUAUUACUAUCAGGCCUUAAGGGUCCCUGACCCUUUUAUACUGUAGGACCUUUGCACUAGCAAUUUUUUUAACCACUCUUGCAGUUUUGUGUGAUCAACAUGUCAUGUUUAUUGUUAUAAAAACACAUUUUCCAAGGUUGAAGAUGCAUGUAUGCCUGAAGGAAUGAAUUAAGAACUGUCUAAAUUUACACACUUUACAGAUUGUUAAAUCUCGCAUUCAAAUAUAAAUGUAUAGCUUAUUAAGUAGAGCAUAUGCAGCUGAAGAGAGCACUUUAGUUUUGUCUGUCAUCAGCAUUUCUCUUUGUAUUGUGUCAAUUCCAGUCCAGUAUCUGUUGAAUUUCAACAGAAACAAGCCUCAGGAAUGACAUAAUGUAGUCACCCAACAGCAAUGUGAAAGACUGAGAAAAUGCAAAGAAUAAUGUACUGAAGAAAAAUUGUUUGUAAUUUUGCCAUUAGAAGUUCAAAUGUGUCAAAGGUCACCACUUCUAGGUGCUUACUCGUGAUUUUCAAUUCUUCUCAUGGUCCGUCAUACACACACAGGACCGAGAUGUCAAGGUCGAGAUGUCAGCUUUCUCAUUCAGACCAGGAGAAUGUUCUCCAAACAAUGAUAAGACACACUUUGUCAUAGUCAGAAAUUUAACCAACCUGCUAAUGUUUAAUAGUGAGCAGUAUUUGAUAAGAAAUAAUCUAAUGGCACUUUAGUGAAUCUAAUCGCGUUAACAAUAAUAAUUUGAUUUGUUAGCAAGGACACCUGUCUGGCACUAUUUCUUACAGUCAAAAAUACUGAUUGAUUCUUAAUCAUAUUUAAAUCCUUAUUGUAAUUGGAAGAUAAAUGCUGAUUAACAAUUUGUAAGAAUCUCAAAUACAAAAGGAUAUAAUUGAAGCGAGGUGGAGCUAAGGAAUCUACCCAUUCAAUCGUUUUGUUAUUUUGACAAGUUUGUCUGAACAGUGCUUUUAUUUGGAGUUUGGGAGAAAUUAUGUCACUAAUUACCAGAAUUAAACAAAAAUGUACCUAAAAAUAGUAAACUCGU